GAACUGGGUACUCGAGGUGGUACCCAUUCGUAGAAGGCCAAAGCAAUGUUAUUUUUCAGCCAUGUUUGUGUUAGUUCUGUCUGAAUAAGCUCGAAAAUCGAUUUCUCGUUUUUGUUUUAGUGUACUUAAUUCUGACUUGCGCGUCAAAGGGAAACUCUCGUAAAAACAAUUAUUAACAGUGAAAUCAAAAGCUAUCAACAAUUUGAAGUGAAACUCUUGGUGAUGUAGUGACCCAGAUAAUUUUAAAGACCAAGCUGUAGUGCAUGUGUGAAUGUAUUUGACAAGUUCAAGUUAUUGAAAACAUUGUGAAAAUGGUGUCUUAAGAGGUUUUGGUGCCGAAAUAUGUCUAACAAAAAGGCAAUAAUUGGAAAACCCAAUACAGAAACUGCAGUUUUACCACCUAGGUAUCAACCACCACCUAUGCCCACUGGGCAGGGCAUUCUGAAAAAUUCACCCACAGAGCCCAUAAAGAAAACUCAAAAAACAGGAGAAAAUGUUAAACCUCUUUACCCCAACGACCACCAGCCAGUGAAAUAUUUUCCAAAUCCACAAACGGGAAGAAUCCAACAACAUCAUCAAUACCCACCACCAACUAGGCAUCCUCCAGAUGACGUUCGAACAACUCAAUUACAGAUCCACCACCAGGAUAAUGCUCCUCCAAGACCACGCUUACCAGAUGAUCCAGGUAUACCACAAAUUCACUUGGAUUUACGGGCUCCUCAACAGCGACAGCCUAUUAGAUAUGAUGAUGAAUUCCUGAGACCUGAAAUGUUAAAAUUCACACGCAAACCUGAAGAUCCACGUUUUAUAGAUCCUAACAGGCAGUUUCAGGGAGUAUUUUUGGAAUUACGAUCUUUGAAAGAAGCAAAUCAACAUCUCGCUGAUGAUAAUCAGGAACUUAGGGAUCUUUGCUGUUUUUUAGAUGACGAUAGACAAAAAGGACGAAAAUUGGCUCGAGAAUGGCAACGUUUCGGAAGAUAUACGGCCAGCGUUAUGCGUCAAGAAGUAUCUGCUUAUCAAGCAAAACUCAGAGAAUUGGAUAACAAACAGCAAGAAUUGAUUAAAGACAAUUUGGAAUUGAAGGAAUUAUGCCUGUAUUUAGAUGAAGAACGUGCCAAUGGUUCUUUAUGUCCCAAUUGUGGCAACAGUACAGGAGGUAAUCUUAGAGAUGAUGGAGACGGUUCCAGUUCAAGUACAAAUGCAGACGAACCGGCUGUACCUCAACAAUUUACCUCAGGUGGAAAUACGCAAAGAAGAUCUGAAAGUAGAGAAAGGAUUCUACACGAGAGCUUGGCGAGACAAAGAAAUACUUUUAAUGAUCAAAUAAUGCAGUACGUACGAAGCUUGGAACAAAGAGUUAAACAGCUUGAAGACGAUAAACGAGCGUUGACACACAAAAUUAACCAAAUUGCUACACAAACAGGGGAUCCCAGUUUGGCAGCACCUCAGGAUUUGGGAGCAGGAAUGUUAACGGGUCGACCGGAAGCAGUAGUUAGAGCUCUUCAAGUUCUCGAAGUUCGAGAGCAAUUGGAAAGAGAAAAUCACGAGCUAGGUGGUGAAAAUAUGUCAGAUACUACCUCUCAAGAUAUGGACGAUGGGGAAAAAGCACUAGUUAGAGAAAUGUGUAAUGUGGUUUGGAGAAAACUAGAAGAUCCAAAUACAACCAGGCGAUAAAAUAUAACCAAUCAAAUUAACUGUCUUGCCUAUGUGCUGUAAAUUUGAAAAAUGUAUAAUCUUAAGAUUGUUUUUUAAUAUUGUAAUAAGUCUUAAAUGUUAUUUUAUUUAUUUUUUUUACAUCAAAUAAUGUAAUUUUAUUUAUAAAAGCAAAGUUUAUAUAUAAAUAAAUGUUUACUACAAAA